AUGCGCGCCUCUACUUUCUACUCUGCCGUCCUUGCGGCCGCCCCCGUGGCCCUUGCCGUCAGGCCUCCUACAAUACAGGGCAUGAAUCUGACCUGGUCCGAUAGCUUCAACGGCGACGCCGGGUCCGGCGUCAACACCAAGGCCUGGAGCUACGUCACCGUGAUGUCUGUCAACGACGAGCUGCAGACGUACAGCGACUCCAGCUCCAACGUCCAGCUUUCUGGCGGGGAGACCCUGCAGAUUGUCCCCUGGAAGAAGGAUGACGGCAGCUGGACGUCUGGACGCCUCGAGGCUGUGGACUCCUUCACCCCCGCCCCCGGGAAGAAGAUGCGUUGGCAGGCCGGCCUGAGGAUGGGCGACGGCAGCGCCCGUCAGGGCAUGUGGCCCGCCUUCUGGCUCCUGGGCGACGCCGUCCGCUCUGGAACCGAAUGGCCGCUCUGCGGUGAGCUCGACAUCUUUGAGCAGGUCAACGGCGUCAUGACGGGUUACGGCUCCGUCCACUGCGGAAGCGACAGCUGGUUCUGCACCCAGCCUGACGGUGUCCAACAGCCCGUCGCCAUUCCCAACAACGACUGGCACCAGUGGGCCCUUGAGGUUGACCGCUCCUCCGGUUACUGGAUGACCGAGUCCAUCACCUGGUACCUCGACGGCAACCCCUACCAGACCAUUCUCGGUGCUGAGGUCGCCGACGAGGGCACUUGGGGUACCCUCGCCCACUCCCCUUAUUACAUGAUCCUCAAUGUUGCCGUUGGUGGCACCUGGCCCGGCGACCCCGACGCUUCCACCCAGUCUGGCUACGAGAACAUGAUGGAAGUCCUCUACACUGCCGUCUACGAGUCCACGUAA